AAUUAAAAAAAAAAUCAACAAACGUCAAUUAAAAAAAAACAAAAUUUGAAAUUUAAAAAUUACUCAAGUGUUUCAAUUGCGUUUUAUAUUUACAAGUGAGAUUAUGUUUUGAAAUAAAAAAUUAUUUAUAAAUGAAUAAAAAAACAUGAUUAUUAAAUUAGAAAAAAUAAUAAGCUGCUCAUCGGAGCAUCCAAAUUACCCAGCAUCAAAUCUCCUGUACAAUCCACCACCCGGACCAUGGAAGUGCGCAAAACCUGGGGAGAUGUUGGCGACAGUAAUUUUCCAUCUUCCAGAACCAACUUGCAUAAUCGGCCUUGACGUUGGUAAUUAUCGUUCCUGUGUCGUAGUUAUCACCGCAUCAACUUCCGAUGAACCUGACAACUGGGUCCCUAUUGUCAACCACCAGUUCCUGACACACGACGAGGCUGCCAACAAUAAAUUCAAAGACCAGGUCCAGCUGUUUACUAAAAAGGAACUAAACUCUGAUACCAUGAAAAUAAAAUUCGAUCGUGUCAAGGUAACUUGCAUGCAGUCUGCUAAUUUGAAAGAAUUAUUUGGCCUGUCAUUUAUUACUCUAAGGACUGAAGUUGAAGUUGAUAUGGGAAUUGACGUCUUUGGGAGAUUUAAACUGAAGACCGAUGACAGUGAGAACAAGUCUAAGUUGAGCUUCAAGGAACGAUACAUGAAAUUGUUUCCUGAUAAGCAGAAGAGUUAUAAGGAAGAACUGGUGGAGAAGAUCAAGGAAACUGGGGUAAAGAUACUUAAAUAUCCUUGGAGACGAUAUGCUUUGAGUGGCAGUGAAAGGAAAGCUGAUGAAAGUGAAGAAAAAAUAGAGGCAUGAACUUCACCAGCACCUCCACCGAAUCCUUAUGAACAGGAAACAGACUCUGAUUCUGAUGGAGAUAACUGACAUAUUUUAUAACUGAUUUUAAGUUUAAAAAUAUGAUACUGCAGUUAGCCGACAAUUUUUGGAUUUUUUUUCAAAGCGACAAAUUAUGAAUAAAACAUUUAAAAAAAUUGCACUUAUAGUUUUUUUAAUUUUCUAUAUGUGCAUAUUUUUGGUUUUUUUUUCUUGUAAACAAAUCACUAUCUUUGAAAAUUUAUUUAUUAUUUACUUAAUUAUUUGUUAAUAUUAAUAAUUAAUUUAUAAAAA